AAUAAAAUCGAUCUGACAUACGCACUAUCUGCGAUAUAUCAUAAAAAAAAUGUAAAACAUGGAAAUGAAUACGAAAGUAAUUUUAUUAAAGAAGAUAAAAUUUUAAAAUGUCUACUCUAUCUCAUAUUUCUUUAAUCGACUUAUCAAAGCAAUUUAAAUUUGCGAUUGAUGAAGAAACAAAAAAGAAAAUAUGUUUUGACGAAACAUUGGUAAUAAGUUGUGCUCAUCAUGAGGGUAGUUAUAAAUAUGAGUCUUCUGAUUCAGAAAUUUCUUGCACGGAUUCUUUAAAGACUAAGGACUCUGAUAAAAAAAUAGAUCACGAACCAAAUGAAAUAAAAACUAAUUUUGAAAACGAAUGUGAAGUCAAUAAAGAAGACGUAGAGGAGGAUGAUAAAGAUUUUCAUUUCUUUUUUUUUCCGGAUUGCAAAACUAAAGCGUCAUCAAAAGAAAGCAAGGCAAGUUUAAUAUUAGUAGAUGGGUUUCCUAUAAUAAAUUCUGCUGCUCUAAAUCAACCAUUGUGCACCUGUGCUGUUGAUAAAGCAGGCAAAUGUCCUUGUCAUUUAAAAGUUCCAUGUUUAUGUGAAGCUAAGCAACGUGAUGACUGUACCUGUAUUCAAGCUCAAAACAUCUGCGUAUGUGAAGAAGGAAAUCCCCAAUUGGUAUGUAAAUGUAAACCUAGCAAGGUAUGCUUGUGUGACCCUGAUCAUAAGCCUCAACCACUUUGUGUUUGUGCAAAAAUUGAUAUGCCAUGUAUAUGCCAAACGGAUAAAUAUCCUUAUCCUGUUUGCGUAUGUAAAUGUAAACCUAAUUCCCUUCAAAAUUUAACUAAAAAUCAAAAUUAUACCAGCGAGGGAAGCCUGAUCCAAACAGAAAAUUCUACAAUACAGAAUCAAGAAGAAGCUACGGAACCAUGUACUUGUCAACAACCAAAACCAAAGUCUAUAUGUUUAUGUAAAAAGGGAGAGGAGUGUACAUGUGACCAAAACAUGUGUAUUUGCGAUGUCCUGCCAACAUGCGUAUGCGAAGCUGAUGGAAAACUAAUUUGUGAAAAUAAUGAAUCUAAGACAGUCUGCAAAUGCGAAGUCAAAGCAGAAUGCACAUGUUAUGAUAAAUCACCUGAUAAUUGUGAUUGUUUUCCUAAACCAAAUUUGUGUACUUGUGGUAAUCCUGAAAAUUGUGUUUGUUUUUCGACCUGUGAAUGCACUGAUCCUUGUCUUUGUGAUACCAUUCCGGACACAAGACCAGAAUGCACUUGCGAUGAAAAUCGUAAAGAUAUCGCUGAUGGCUAUGUUUGUACUUGUCCCCCUGAAAAAGAAGAUGAUAGAAAAUUAAAGAAGGUAAGAGCUGGUAAACAUGAUCAUCGAUGGUGUCAUGAUGUUGAUCCUAAGCAUACAUUUUUUGGGUAUGCAUAUGGGAGGCAUAAUAAAAUAUCAUAUAAAGAACAAGACAAAGAAAAGUUAAAGAUUUUAGGUCUUUAUGAUGAAAUAAAACAAGACGAAAUUUGUGAAAUACAUAAAACGACAGUGCCUGUUUUCAAAAAAAAAGUGCAAAAGCCUUCUAUUGAUUGUUGUAGUGCUGUUGGAGGUAUUAGUUUUAGCGUUGAAACGCUAGGAGAGGAUAAAGAUAAAUUUCUCGUUCAAGUUGUAUCUCAUGCAUCUAAACAAGGAGCUAAAAUUGGCUCCAAGCUUGUUAGUAUUUUGGACUGCAAUCUUCACAUUUUAGAAGAAAAUAGAGCAGAGCACAUAACAAAAAAGAAUCUAACGAAGGAGCACAGAAGUUAUAUGACUAUCUGUGAAAGCGGCUAUUAUAAUAAAGUGACACGUAUUUGCGGAGACAAACAUUUUGUAAAACGGCUUUACCACUCCUUUGAAGCGGCUCGCAAUUUUUUACUCGAAGGUGCUAAUGUUGUGCUGCUUAGAUAUUUUGGAAUAAGCAGAUUUUGCGGUCACGUUAAAACCGAUACCGUUCUGAUAAACGGCACUAUUUGUGAAAGCAUUUACGUUUGCUUGGGUGUUAGUCAAGCUAUUGUGAAUGGCAAGCCAUUAUUCGUCGUAAAAGUAGAACGUCACAUCAUUGAACCGUCAGGAUUUAUUCAUCAAACAUUGACAAUUCUUACGCUAAGAGGUUAUAUGGUGAGUCACGAGUGGGCCGAUAGUAGCUACAUUUUCCAUAUUAACCCUCUCCUGCAAGUCGUCCCUGAACGAGAUGAAAUAGAGUCCCACGAGCCGCUGCGUGAGAAAUGGCGAAGCGAUUUACAGCUGUUAUCUGCUUACCUCGAUUUUAAGAGCACACGUACAUCUGAAGGAGGACGUUACGUGACGGAGAACGGCGAACUCACCGGGAUAAUUCGUGACUACCUUCAAACCUUGCUUCUUCUCCGUCCUCACGAUGCCUUGCAUUUUACUAGACAUUAUUUUGGAUCAGCUCUAUCUGCGUUAGAUCUUCCUCACGACGAAUACUUCGACCCUUGCACUAAACAUGUUCGUUACUACUUUUUUGAAGAAUAGUAUGAAACUAGUUCUCUUUGUACAUUCAUUGAUUUAUAUGAUAUUAUAUAUGAUUUUCUAAAAAUUUCAUUAAAUUUUUCUUGUUAA